CUUUUUAAACAUUUUAUUAUUUAUGUAUAUGCAUGUGUGUAUUAAGUGCGUGUGCAUGCAGGUACCCAUGGCGACCAAAGGAGGACAUUGUAUCCCCUAGAGGUGGGAUUACAGGUGCUCUCUCUGUGAGCCACUUGAUGUGGGUGCUGGAUCCCCGAUAAAGCAGCAGGUGCUCUCAACUACUGCUAACCACUGAGCUAUUUCAUGCAUGUUCUUACAGAUGGUCAAGGAAGCGACAGGCCUUGAGACAGCGGCUAGGGUGCGGCCCUGGGGUCACACCAACUCCUGCAAGACCCUUCCGCAAGCCGCCGCCAGGGGGCGCGCGCGGGCAGGAAGGAGGAGCUUCGCUCUUUGACCCUCUGCGCGGCCCGUCGCGGACGUAGGGCGGGAAAGUCUGACUCGGCCGCGGACCGCCUGCCGUGGGCGCUCCGCCGUGAUGGAGGAGGAGGAGGUGGAGGCCGAGGAGGAGCAGCAGUUCUCUCACCGGCAGAUCCGUGGGCUCUUGCUUGCAGCCCCUGAAGGACUCGAUUUCCCCGCAGAGGCUAAAGGCUGCAGUUCACUACACGGUCGGCUGUCUUUGCGAGGAAGUUGCGUUGGACAAACAGGUGCAGUUCAGCAAGCAGACCAUUGCGGCGAUCUCGGAGAACAUUUUGCCAAAGACCUUGAAAUGUUUGCCAGACAUGCGAAAAGAAGCACAGUCACCACGGAAGACGUGAAGCUCUUAGCCAGGCGGAGUAAUUCACUGCUAAAAUACAUCACAGAGAAAAAUGAAGAGAUUGCUCAGCUUAACCUAGAGCGAAAGGCCAAGAAGAAAAGGAAGCCAGAGGAUGAAAACAGGAACUCCAGGGAGCCUGAUGCUGAAGUGGUGAGCAGUGAGAGUUAAGUCCUGGCCACUUGGGAACUGCAGCCUCCAGCACGAGGAAGUGUGCAUCCCACCACGGGCAGUCUGAGGGAUAAGUGGAGACGUUUAAAGACACAAGUGGCUGGGCAGCUCUCGAUCCCGCCUGCUUCAGGACAUUUGAUGCAGCUUAAAAGAGCCAGAAGCUCCUGCAAAGCCAUCUCCAUGCUUUCCUUGGCAGGGGAAAGGCUGGCGUUUGGAUGGCACACUGUGACCUAGUGGCUGAGGUUGAUGACAUGUGUUUGCAAUUAGACAUGCUGGGUGUUUGGGGAUAAGUGUAGUCCUUCACUGUUUAUUUUCUAGGCCAGAUGACAGUCUCUGAACAGUGAAUAAAGCUAUGUUUACUUA